UUAAUUUUCAUGACGUCGAAUUAAAUACUUGAUUUUCGUAUUGAUCGUACGAAUUAAUUGAACAGUAUCCAGUGCCAAAGACUUAAGUAAGUUUUUAAAAUGGAUGAAGUAAGGGAAAGUCCUAAAAAAGUUGAUCAAGAAUCAUCAGAAAAAACCUUGGCUGAGCCAGAUAAUAUUGUGCCAGAUAUCAUUGUAGCUGAUUCUUCUGUAUUACAAACUAUUGAAUUGGAAGAGAUAGAUGCAACUAGCGCAAACUAUAAUAGCAAUGAAUUCGUUCCUGCUGAAAUUAUUAAGAUUUAUGAGGUACCAGUUGAGAAUGAAGUCGAUGUAUGUUACGAAACAGCAGAAGAAACCCCUUUAGCACAAGAAAAUAUUUUGACUAGACAAUUUUUAGAUGGUGAAUUAUCGUUAUCUGAUUUAGCGGAAAAAAUAGAUCAAAAUACCCAAGCUGAUGAAGAAAUAGAUUACAAUGCACCUGUUGAGAGUGUACCUACUGAAAUUAAUGAAUCAAAAAAUUCAGAAAAAAAAGAUGUAAAACCGGUAAUAAAACGCAGACAUGUAAGAAGGGUCCUUCCUCAACCCUAUCAUGGUUUGAUGGGACAAGCCAAUGAAUGCUUUGCAAAAGGUCAAAUACAAACUGCUAUUCAAAUGUGUAUGGAAGUUAUUAGGAAUGUACCAAAGGCUCCAAAUCCGUACCAAACCUUGGCACAAAUUUAUGAACAAAAUGAACCUGAAAAAUCCUUACAAUUUUCUUUGAUUGCUGCUCAUUUGAAUCCUAAAAAUGAUUUAUGGGAGGAUUUAGCAAAAUCUUCAUUAAAUUUUGGGAAUGUAAAGCAGGCAAUAAUGUGUUAUACCAAAGCUAUUGAAAAUGAUCCAAAAAACAUUGAAUUAUACGAAACUCGUGCUCAGCUUCAGACCGAAUUCUUAAACGAUCAAAAGGCUAAAAUCAAAGCAUAUUCCAAAUUACUCAACUACUUGGGUCCAGAGGAUGGCCCAACAGUGAAGAAGUAUGCUAAACUGCUUUUCGAUGAAAGUAUAAAGGAAAAUUUGAAUCAAAUAGCUUUCAAUGCUAUGGAGCAUAUGUUUAAAAAAUGUCCAGAGCUCGUUACUUACGAAGAAUUGAACUUAUUCGCUGAACUUUUGCUGCUGACGAAAAAUUUCAGUCGCUGCCUAGAUACUCUCGUCGAAUUCACCCCCAUCACCGUCGAAUACGGAAGCAUAGAAGUUGCUCCUGGAACGAAUAGAUUUAACAUAACUUUGUGCAUGAUACCGGACGAUUUGGCGGUAGAUUUGAAAACCAAGUGUAUCGUAGCUCUGUUAGAGCUGGGAGCAAGCGAAAUAGUCGACGAAUUGGUCGCGAGAUUCCGAGAGAUAGAGAACGUAGAGGAGUGCGGGGACCAGUACUUGGACAUAGCGGAGGCCUUCAUGGACAAGGGCGAGUUCGAGAGAGCUCUGCGACUGCUCGAGCCCAUGGUGAACAGCGAGACGUACAGUCUCGCGGCGGUGUGGCUGCGACACGCCGAGUGCUGGGUGGGCUGCGGCGACAACGACCGGGCCAUCAAGUCGUACGAGAUCGUGCGCAAGCUCGGGCCCCAGCAUCUGGGCGCGCGCAUCGAGCUCAGCAAGCUCUACAAGGCCAAGGGCCAGUUCAAGAACGCGAUCGCGGUGCUGGAGCAGGACCCGUACAGCCAGGAGGAGCUGGACGCGAGCGUGCUCUACGAGCGCGUCAAGCUGCUGUACAAGGCCAAGCGCUACGACGAGUACUUCAGGGACGCGCUGCUGCUGCUGUCGAGGCACAGUCUGACCGUGCGCUCCAAGAUGGAGCUCACGUCCAUAGCGCGCAGCACCAAUCACAAGGCCAGGGUGGAGAUACUGCAGCGCGAUCGUCUGUCGCGCGGCGAGCCCGUCGACGAGCCCGAGCAGCUCAAGUUCUGCAACGUGAACGAGCCCAGCGAGAAGGAGGAGUUCCUCCUCGUCAUGCAGCUGUGCAAGACCGCCUGCAGGCUCGGCAAGUACGGCAUACUGCAGCGCGUCACCUUCACGGCGCUCACCUCGAAGCGCUUCUCGGCGGAGAACGACCAUCUCAUGUAUCUGGCGCUGCUCUCGUGCAUCAGGAACGCCGACUCGUACUCGGGCUUCAACGUGGUGCGCGAGAUCGUGCGCAGUCGCAAUCGCAACCAGCACUGGAACCUGCUCAACAUCAUCAUCCAGAAGGCCGAGGACUCGCGGCACAAUCGAUUCAUGAUGCGACAGCUCGGCAAGGAGGACGCCUUCUCCUAUCUGCACAUACUGCACGCCAACAAUUGCCUCGUCUCGGGCACCUACAAGUACGCCCUCAACGACUACAUCUCGCUGUUCAAGACCAAUCCGAGCUCGCUGCUGGCCCUGCUGAUCGCCGUCACUCUGCUGCAGAUGGCCUGUCAGAAAUUUUCCGGCAAGAAGAAUCAACUCGUCGUUCAAUCAUUGGGCUUCAUGAAGACGUACAUGGAGCUGCGAGGCAAAGAGUGCGAGCAAGAGUCCAAUUACAACAUGGGACGAGUGAUGCAUCAGCUCGGACUGCUGCCCAGCGCCAUGCACUUUUACAAACUGGUGCUGACCAAGGAACCCUCCGAGCUCGUAAAGAGCAGGGAGAAUCUGCUCGAUUUGCGAAAAGAGGCCGCCUUCAAUCUUCAUCUGAUUUACAUGCAGUCCGGCAAUCCGGAAAUGGCGCGGAUGUAUUUGGAGGAUUACAUUACUAUUUAGAGGAGAAAUAAAGGCGGAAUUUUGUUAAUUUUGUAUAUAAAUUGUAUAUGUGUGACUGUUUAUUGUCAAAACCUUGUCCUGCGUAGUUUGUAGAAAGAGGAAGAAACUCAAUAAUACACCUGCUU